AUGGCCACUCUGCUCGCACUAUCCCAGCGCCUUCCUGAUGGGUUUAAAGCCUUUGAGAGGUUCUUCUGGUCGCUGAUCGAGAAGUCGCUGGCGACCAUCUCCGAAAUGCUCCAACACGCCAAUCAGUAUGUCACCGUCGAGGCACUGGUGGUAGGAAGGCACAUAGAAAGCAAGAGGCCAAGGUUGGAACUGUCUUGGGGAACGACCUCGAUGGCCCCGACACCACCCCGCCAUGGGUUCAGCCGGCAAGAGCUACUACUCCCGAGGCCUCCACCUCUCCCCCUAAAUGUGUCUCAUACCGAGAUCUUCCUCCAAAUCAAGGAGACGAGUCUCUUGCAACAACCUCGUCCUAUGAAGGCCACUUGCAAAGAUCAAUCUAAAUAUUGCAAGUUCCACCGAGACCAUGGUCAUGACACGGAGGACUGCCGCGACCUCCAGAAUCAAAUAGAGGCACUAAUCCAAGGAGGCCACCUCAGAUGCUACCUCAAAUCCCAGGAGGCGACUCCACGCCCCAAGGGGCUUGUCGAGAGACAGAUCGACAUCAUCUCUAGCCAGCUAGUAGCCGGCGGCAACAACAUGGCGGCAAGAAAGGCCUACACCUAUAGCAUGGUGGAGAAACGUCCCUGGCCCAAGCAUGAACUUGAAAUCACCUUUGGAGCAGGAGUGGUGGAGCGCUCCCACCACAACGAUGCUCUAGUGAUCUCCAUCCAAAUCGCCAAUGCCCGAGUUAAGAGGGUGAUGGUUGACACCAGGAGUUCUGCUUACGUUCUUUACUUCGAUGCCUUCAAGAGGUUUGGCUUGACCGAGGGAGAUCUCACUCCUAUGGCGUCAGCACUCAUAGGGUUCACGGGAGAUUCCAUCUCCCCACUUGGGACCACAGUCCUCCCCAUCACCGUCGGGGAGGAACGGAGAUCAAAAAUAGUAAUGACCACCUUCAUGGUAGUUGACCUGCCCUCGGCCUACAACAUCAUCCUCGGCUGCCCAACCCUCAACAAGAUCAGGGCGGUAGUCUCCACCUACCAUAGAACCAUCAAGUUUCCGACCUCCGUAGGGAUCGGUGAGGCCCAAAGUGACCUAGGGGAGUCAAGUUGA